AUGCCUCGUGACUGGAAAGCUCCCAAGCUGCUGAAGAAAAUCCAAGCAGAGUUGUUCCCUGACUGCUCUGGAAAUAUCAAUCUGUGCUGUCAGUUUGGUGAUAUUCACAGUGACUCCACCAUUACAUGGACUAAAGAUUCCAAGCUACUCGCUCGCCUGCAGAGAAGUGUUCUCUCUCAUGAGCCGGACCUGCCACCUCUCCCCGUGCUGGCGUUCGACGGUGUGGAGGAGAUUGAAUUCAUGCAGCUCAUGUUCAGAGAAGACUUCAUCAGCGACAGCUAUUUUGGUGGGAACCUGCAUGGAAUAAUAGCAACAGAAGAGCUGCACUUUGGUGAAGGCAUGCACCGGAAAGCCUUCCGCAGCAAGGUGAUGCAGGGCCUCGUGCCAGUGUUCAGCCCUGGCCACCCCUGCGUUCUCAAAGUGCACAACGCUAUCACGUACGGGACCAAGAGCAAGGAUGACCUAGUUCAAAGGAACUACAAAUUGGCGCUGCAGGAAUGCUAUGUCCAAAACACCGCACGAGAGUAUGCGAAGAUAUAUGCAGCGGAAGCCAAACCCUUGGAAGGUUUUGGGGAAGUACCAGAGAUCAUUCCUAUUUUUCUUGUUCAUCGGCCUGCUAAUAACAUCCCCUAUGCAACAGUUGAGGAGGAGCUGGUUGGGGAAUUUGUGAAAUACUCUGUAAGGGAUGGCAAGGAAGUAAAUUUCCGGAGAAAAGACUCCGAGGCUGGCCAGAAGUGUUGCACCUUCCAGCACUGGGUGUAUGAGAAGACCAAUGGGAGCUUGCUUGUCACUGACCUGCAAGGUGUAGGAAUGAAGUUAACGGACGUUGGCAUAGCAACGCUGGCCAAAGGGUACAAAGGUUUUAAAGGCAACUGCUCGAUUUCCUUCAUUGAGCAGUUCAGAGCCCUCCAUCAGUGCAAUAAGUUCUGUGAGAUGCUGGGGCUGAAAUCUCUCCGGAACACUCAUCAGAAGCAGAGGAAAGCAACAUCUGUGAAAAGCAAGACCCUGCCCAGCUCACCGGCUGUGAAAAAAACAGUGCCCAGGAAAGCAAGAGAACCUAGGGGCUUUGUUUCUACAGAGCACUGACUUACACUGCCCCGCACCGCGACUUCUCCCAGGG